CAAUUACGGGACCCCGAUUUCGACGUAGUGCGCUAUUACCGGCAACGGGUAGUAGAGCAGAAGUCUCCGGACCAUCAAGCUUGUUUCCUCGCACGAGGGGAACCCGAGUUCUGUCUCAUGGGGGAUGUGCUCGCUCUAGAGGUCAAGCAUAUUCUUGAAGAAUACCAUCCGUGGCCGGAGGACCCUUUGAACGCGUUCUAUCCACCCCGGCACAUGGUGGUUCAGUAUUACGACGACGUUACGGUGCGAGAUAUGUACCUCAAACGCACCUUGUCAAUACCGGUCAAGUUCCUCUUGAACCCUAGGUUCGACCUGCUGGGCUACUUCGCUCGGCACGUCCGACGGCUUUUCGCGGCUCCGGCCUUUGAGCUUGAUGACCUGGCGGGCGAAUUUCGAAUCCUGUUCACGCGUAAACCGAGCCCUCGCAUCAGUCCACCCAUCCCGCUUUUUGCCGUACGACCAAAGACUCGCCACGCUGAAUCCGAUAACAGCUUGAGUGCGCUACAGCGCAACGCGGCCGCUCCCCGGGAUUUCUCUCGACUCAUCCCGGAACCAGUCGUCGUAGUUGUCCAGGUGAAUGAGCAGCCCGCUCGGGCCCUAGUCGACUCAGGAUCCCUGUCAGACUUCAUGUCUGCAAGGUUAGCACAUCAGUUAGGUCUGGAGGUUUUUGAGCUCACCAAACCUUUGCCUGUGCAGCUGGCCGUCCAAGGGUCCCGCGCAAAGAUUAACUUUGGCUGCCGAGCUCGACUGGAAUACCAGCGCAUCAGGACCGAGAGGUAUUUUGAUGUCAUAAACUUACUGAAUUACGACCUCAUUCUCGGAACUCCAUUCAUCUUCCAACACAAGGUCACAUUGGGACUCAACCCCACCACCCUAGUGGUCGGCAGUCCGCAGGCUCUGCCAAUCGAGGGCCGCCAGGUGCGGACGCUACAGUCACACGCGGCGGACGUGCUGGACAACGUGCUUGAGGCGGCACGAAAGGAGUUGCGUGAGUAUGCGGCUCCCAUUUGCAAGGAAGCUAGUGACUCACCACUACCUCCUUUGCGGACCAUCAACCAUCGUAUCCCCCUUAUAGACCCGGAUAAGGUCUAUACCUGGCGGCCGUCUAAGUGUCCGGACGCUCACAGAGAGAAUUGGCGGGAGAAGCGAGAUGCUUACCUCAAAUCG